GCUUCUUUGGGGUAAAUUCUAUCCGGAAGUGAAGGAACCGGUUUCAUGGCGUGAUCGUUUUCGUCUUCUUCAUUUGUUCUUCUUCUUCCUCUUCUUCUCCAUCAUCAGUCUGUCAUUCUCUUGUCUAGAGAAAUAUAGUGGAAUAAGAAUUCAUAAGAGAGACAAGUCCCAGUAUGCUUCUUACAUUCAAGUUCUAACUGUGUUUGUGUGAGCCGGCCAGAAAAUAAAAGAUAAUAGUCAAAGAAAGAAUUAGUUCACUGUUAAGAAGUAACAUGUAAGUAACCAUUGGUUUACGAGCUCAUUUGUCGUUUAGUUGGCGAACAGAGUGGAUUGUAUUUUAUUUCAUCAUAUCGUAUCGAUUAAUAUACUAUACGAUCGAUUAUUAUACAAGUUUAUUAUAUUAUAAAAACGUAUAAGAAAAAAAGGCAGAACUACCAAAUUUUGCACACAUCUCCACAUAUAUUAAAUAUAAAAAUGUCUCAGGAGAUGAAUGAUGAAAGUUGUUCUAGUGCAAUAUCUCGUCUUUCAAUAAAUGAAGUUGAAUCAAAAGAUUCAGCUUCUAAAUAUGAAGGUAGAAAUAAAGAAGUUUCUGGACUCACACAUGAAUGUGGUGUUUUUGGGUGUAUUGCUGCAGGAGAUUGGCCACCACAAAUUGAUGUAAGCCAAAUGAUAUGUCUUGGUUUAGUCGCUUUACAACACAGGGGUCAAGAAAGUGCUGGAAUUGUUACAAGUCAAGGUGUUUGCUCUAAGUCGUUUUGUGUUCAUAAGGGUAUGGGAAUGAUUAAUAACAUUUUCAACGAUGAAAGCAUCAAGAAACUCAAAGGCAAUUUAGGAAUAGGUCAUACUAGAUACAGCACUUGUGCAGCUAGCGAAGAAGUUAAUUGUCAACCUUUCGUAGUUCAUACAGCACACGGUGCUUUAGCAGUUGCUCAUAAUGGAGAACUUGUAAAUACAGAAUCAUUAAGAAAAAUGGUAUUAGGUCGGGGUGUGGGUCUCUCGACGCAUUCAGAUUCUGAAUUAAUAACGCAAGCUUUAUGUUUAAAUCCUCCUGAAGGUGAAGUUAAUGGUCCAGAUUGGCCAGCACGUAUCAAACAUCUCAUGCAAUUAGCACCAUUAUCCUAUUCUUUAGUAAUCAUGCAAGGAGAUAAAAUUUAUGGCGUUAGAGACCCAUAUGGAAACAGGCCUUUAUGUUUAGGAAAAAUAGUACCUAUUGGCAAACUCGCUGCAGGUGAUUCAGAUGACGACGAUGAAGCAGAAGGUUGGGUAAUCUCGUCAGAGUCUUGUGGUUUCUUAAGCAUUGGUGCAAGAUAUGUGCGGGAAGUUUUUCCAGGUGAAAUUGUUGAAUUGACUCGUGAGGGUAUUAAAACUAUUGACAUUGUAGAUAGACCAAAUAAUAAACGACAAGCAUUUUGCAUAUUUGAAUAUGUUUACUUUGCUCGAAGUGACAGUAUUUUUGAAGGACAAAUGGUAUAUUCAGUUCGUAUGCAAUGUGGUCGUGUAUUAGCAAUAGAAUCUCCGGUAGAAGCCGAUAUAGUUAGUUCUGUACCAGAAUCUGGUACUGCAGCAGCACAUGGUUAUGCUAGACAAUCUCAAAUACCAUUUGCUGAAGUACUUUGUAAAAAUAGAUACGUUGGAAGAACAUUUAUUCAACCUAGYACACGAUUAAGACAAUUAGGAGUUGCUAAAAAAUUUGGAGCUUUAUCCGAAAAUGUAAAAGGAAAAAAAUUAAUUCUGAUCGAUGAUUCUAUUGUUAGAGGAAAUACUAUUGGACCAAUCAUUAAACUUUUACGUGAUGCAGGAGCAAAAGAAGUAACAUAGUUGCAACUUUAUACAUAUAUAUAUAUAUAUAUAUAUAUAUAU